CGCCUCUCUUCCUCCUCCUCCUCCACCUCCUCCCACACACUGCCCUGCUCCAGAGCGAGUAUAUAGCAUUCCUCUCCACUCGCAACCCCCCCCCGAGCCCACGCCCACCAUGCAGGAGGUACCGCACCACGCCUACUCGACCGGCGCCCAAGACGCCCCGCCCUCCAAGUACCGCCUUGACGACCUCUCCUCCGACGGCCGCAAGAGCGACCCCGAGCUCAUGAUGCCCGUCGACAAGACGGCCACGGUCCAGGAGGGCUCGGAAAAGUUCCACCGUCUGGGCUGGAAGCAGCUGACCGUCUGCCUGAUUGUCGAGGCCAUUGCCCUGGGCUCCCUCAGUAUCCCCAGCGCCUUUGCUACCCUCGGCAUGGUUCCCGGUGUCCUCCUCAGUGUUGGCCUUGGUCUCGUGGCCAUUUACACGUCGUACGUGGUCGGCCAGGUCAAGAUGCGCUACCCCCACGUCAACCACUACUCGGAUGCCGUGGCCCUCAUCUGGGGCCCCUUUGGACGCGAAUUGACUGGUGUCAUGUUUGCCCUCUUCCUGAUUCUGCUCGUUGGAUCCCACGCCCUCACGGGAACCAUUGCCUUUAUCAACAUCACGGGCGAUCUCAAGACGUGCGCGCUUGUCUGGAGCAUCGUUUCCCUCGUCAUCCUCCUGGUCCUUGCGCUGCCCCCCACGUUCCACGACUUUGCCUUUUUGGGAUACAUCGACUUUGUCAGCAUCAUUGCCGCCAUCAUGAUCACCAUUAUUGCGACUGGCGUCCAAGCGCACGACCAGCCCGGUGGCCUCAGCGCCGUCAACUGGUCCGCCUGGCCCCAGCCCGGAACCACCUUCUACGAGGCCUUCCUUGCUACCACCAACAUCAUCUUUGCCUACUCGUUUGCCGUGUGCCAGUUCUCCUUCAUGUCGGAGAUGCACACCCCCAAGGACUACGUCAAGUCCAUCUGGGCCCUUGGUCUGAUUGAAAUCUUCAUCUACACCGUCACGGGUGCUCUCAUCUACGCCUUUGUUGGCCAGAGCGUCAAGUCGCCUGCCCUGCUUUCGGCUGGCCACACCGUCUCGCGCAUUGCCUUUGGUAUUGCUCUUCCAGUCAUCUUCAUCUCGGGUUCCAUCAACGGCACCGUCGUCUGUCGCUACAUCAUGGACCGUGUGUUCCCCAACUCGCCCAUCCGUUUCGUCAAGGAUGCACGCGGCUGGACCGUCUGGGUCGGCCUCAUCUCGGCCUGCACCGUCCUUGGAUGGAUCAUUGCUGAGGCCAUCCCCUUCUUCAACGCCCUGCUUGGUCUCAUCUCGUCGCUCUUCAUCUCUGGCUUCACCUUCUACUGGCCUGCCCUCUUCUGGUUCCAGCUCGUCAAGGAGGGCAGCUGGAACUCUUCUGCCAAGAACAUUGCUCUCAGCGCCUUGAACCUGCUUGUCCUCAUCAUCGGCAUGGUUGUCUUGGGCGCCGGAACAUACUCGUCUGUCGAAGACAUUACCCACCAGUACAAGUCUGGCCACGUCAGGAGCCCCUUUACCUGCAAGGCCGAUGCCUACACGUAAACGAAUCAUUAUGCUCAUCAUCAUGUAUAUAUAUAUCCCAAAAAGCCUUUCUUUGCAUAGGGCAUUGCUUUUUUUGCUUUACGACAUCAUGGUUCUUUGCU